AGGCGCAGGGCAUGAUGGGAAAUGCCAGGGAUGUGAAGUGAGGACAAAGCAAGGCGCGCUUUUGUGGGAAAAUACCAUCAGGCCACGGCGGGAAGGUCAAAUGUGGCACUAGAUCUCUCAGGCUUGCUCAGCCAUUGGCGGCAGCCAUGGUGGUGGAAGUGCGCAGCUUCUUUGGAGUCUAUCUUCUCUACUGCACCAACCCCCGUUACCAGGGCCGGGUCUACGUUGGCUUCACUGUCAAUCCUGAACGACGCAUAGAUCAGCACAAUGCUGGGAAACGCCGUGGGGGGGCUUGGAAGACAAGUGGCCGUGGGCCUUGGGAAAUGGUGUUGAUUGUCCACGGAUUCCCCUCUGACGUGGCUGCUCUGCGGUUUGAAUGGGCCUGGCAGCACCCACAUUCCUCCCGCCGUCUCACCCACGUUACCCGCCGCACCUCCCGGGAGCGGCAGUUCGACUUCCACCUGCGCGUCUUAGCCCACAUGCUCCAAGUUGCCCCUUGGUGCCGCCUGCCCCUCACUAUCCGCUGGCUCAAGCAGGAAUAUUGCAGAGACUUCCCCGUGGGCCUGGAGCCUCCUCUACACAUGCCGGUGGCCUUUGGGCAGGUCCGAGCUGUCAAGGAGGCCAAAGGGGUGAAGCCGGAACCCUCAGAGGGAUGGGUGGCAACUCCAAAACGCUGUAGUAUCUGUCUGAAAAAGUUCCAGGAUGGGGAUGAUGAUGACACCCCCUUGCGCUGCUUCCACUCUGGCUGCACCCUGGCUGCUCACAUCAUUUGCCUGUCUCAGGUUUUCCUAGAGAAGGAGCCGCAGCAGUUCCUGCCUAUAGAAGGGCAAUGCCCAGGCUGCAAGAAUCUUGUGCUUUGGGGAGAUCUAAUUCGUUACUACAAAGGGUGUUAUGGUGACCUAGAGGCUGACCCCACCUCCUCCCAGGAACAUUGGGCUGAUGAACUGCAACAAAAUUGACCUUUUCCCUUUGGGAAAAUGGAAGAAUUCCCAGGAAUCCCAGCACUGAGUGUAGUCCAGUUCUUCUUCCUCCUCCACCCAGAGGGCUGGGUCCCUUGAAUCAAAAGUCCCUUUUCUUGUUCUUUUCCCAGCUGGACCUGAGGUCUUGAAACUCCCAGCCCCAGAAUCAUGUAACAAAUGAACAAACAAAUGAAUUUUCUGAAGUGGAAUGAGUAAAUAAAAGGAUCAAUAAUCAGGCGCGAGGUCUGUGAAAUUCAGGACUCCUGGAUUCUCUGGAAAGAGCACAAAAUCAGGAUUGGCAGCCACCCCCCACCCCCCGGUCCCCUUCCUCCAGCCAGCCUACCUGGAUUUCCUGGCUAGGAAGGGGAUGUUCUAAUGCUUCCAGACAACUGUGGUGAUUGCACUGCUGAAUAGCUACAGCACAGUCAGUUGGGGAAAGGACAACAUGAAAAAGGCUCCAUGAAUCUAAAGUGGGGACAGGCAACCUGAUGGCAUUCAGACGUUUUGACUGAAACUCCCAGAAUCCCUGACCAUUGGCCAUGCUGAGUUUUAUGGGAGUUUCAGUCCAGAACAUCCAAGGGGACCCAGCUUGCCCUCACCUGACCUAAAGUGUGUAUAUAAAACUACGGCUCAGUUCAGACAACACAUUUCUCAACGGUGGGUUUAGAACUCCACAGUGGAGUUUUUACACCACAGUUGAGAAAUGAAUACCCGUGUUGUGCAGAGGGGAGUUCCUGCACAAUCAUUAUGUUGUCUGUUGUGUGGAGGGCACCGUGGAGUUUUCCGUUGAGUUGACUUUUCCCAUUGGCUACAGAGUUCUCUGGCAAGAGUGACGAAAAGAGCGAGUGCUGCUCUAGGAGAGCCGCCAGGAUUGUUCUUUUGCAGCAAUGGCUGAUGGGAUACCAUCAGGACUGGGGGAGAAGAGAGGGCAGAAGAACUGUCAAUCAAACAGUUCCUUUUACCCAAAUC